UGUCCAGAAACUAAAUAAGUGAUGGAACCGAUGCAAGGGAAAGACAGAUCAAGGUGGAUAGCGCAUAGCAAUCGUAACACAAAACGCUUCACAAAACGCGAGAUAGAAAGAAUAACCAACAACUACAAGACUAUUCUCGGGAGGGGUGCAUUCGGAGAAGUUUACAGAGGCGACCUGGACAAAAAUAUUGUGGUUGCAGUGAAGAGGUUAGUCUGCAAUUUGAAAGAAAACUUUGAUCAAGAAUUGAAUGUCCAUCGUGAAGUUAAUCACAAAAACAUAGUCAGGCUCAUUGGCUAUUGUGCAGAGGAAAAUGCCCUAAUGAUCGUCACCGAGUAUAUCCCUAAUGGAAACCUAAAUGACAUUCUUCACAGAGCCAGCUGCAUUCCCACCAUCUCUUUGGAAACACGCCUUAGAAUCGCCACAGAGUGUGCAGAGGCAUUGACAUACAUGCAUUCUUACAUGUAUACUCAGGUCAUUCAUGGGGACAUCAAGCCUGCUAACAUACUUAUAGAUGGAAGACUCAAAGCAAAAGUAUCAUAUUUUGGAAUAUCAAGAUUGGUCAACGACCCAGAUAAAACUUUGUUCACUGAGAAUUUUAUUGGCAGCAUAGGUUACAUGGAUCCUUUGUUUGCUCGGGAUGGACGCCUCACCGUGAAGAGUGAUGUCUACAGUUUUGGAGUUGUCCUAGUCGAACUGAUCACGAGGAAAAGGGCAGCAACAUCAGAUGGGGAAACAAACAUUGUUGAUGCAUUUACUAACGCUCUUGCAAAUGGGGCAAGAGGGGUGGGAGAGCUCUUUGAUGCCGAAAUUGCAAGCCAGAACAACGUGAAGAUUCUGGAUGGGGUUGCAAAGCUAGCCGGUGAAUGCCUGCUGAUGGAAAGGGGCAGACGUCCUGAGAUGAUUGAUGUCGUAGAACGACUCCGGACACUUUGGAAAGCUUCACAUCAAGUACGACAACAACAAUGGGUAGAUUUGUUCUCUUGGGCAAGGAAGAACAGGCCUACCGCUCCAGCUCUAGUGACGACGACUUCGCCCCCAGGCCUCUGCCGUCGGUUCUCACUUGAAGAGAUGAAGGUUGCAACAAGAAACUUCGAUGAGUUGCUUGUUGUUAAUCCAAAUGACACUAUUUGUUCAGUUUACUGUGGUGGGAUUGAUGGGGGAGCAACUAGAGUUGCUAUCAUGCGCCCUAACUACAGGCAUGACGAUGGUGGCUAUGAUUUCCGCUCUGCGAUAAAAAUGAGGUCAGAGCUCAACCACGGUCAUAUUGUGCCGCUGAUUGGUUAUUGCGAGGAGGACAGCGAAACGAUCCUGGUGUAUGAUUUCAUGGCUUGUGGAAGUCUGCACUGUCACUUGUAUGAGAACCAGCAGGAGCCACAACUUACUUGGAAGGAGCGUUUGGGGAUCUGCAUUGGUGCAGCUCGUGGCCUACACUACCUUCACAGAGGUACAGAUCAUACCAUCGUCCACGGGAGCCUGAACUCAACAAAUAUUCUCCUCGAUGAGAAUUUGGUUGCCAAGAUUAUUGAUGGUGGUUUGUCCGAUAAUGCUAGCGGCCAAUGGGUCUUGAGUUCCAAUUUCUUAGAAGAAAACCCUCAUGACCUAACUAAAGAAUCAGAUGUCCUUGAUUUUGGUGUUCUGCUGUUCGAGGUCCUGUCUGGAAAACCAGGUCGAGUUCUUCCAAGGGGAGACAUAUUAAAGAGGGUGUCGGAUUACAAGCGGGAGGGCAAGCUUGAUCAGUUUUUUGACCCUGCUCUUAAGGAAGAAAUUAAUCUACAAUCUCUCAACAAGUUUGUCAAAACUGCUGCGAGAUGUGUUGCUGAUCAUAGCAUUGACCGUCCGUCGAUGGUGGAUGUGCUCUGGGACCUCGAGUAUGCCCUUCAGUUGCAGGUGAAUGUAUGCUAGUGGAAGUGGAAGUUAGGAUAACCUUGGUGGCAGGACGUCAG